GGGGAGUAUUAUAUUUUGUAAACAGUAGAGCUAGUCUGCAGGCUGAAAUCACCGGUGUUAUGGUGUUGUUUGUCAUCAUGCUACACGAAAUCUGAUCGAAGAGGAGUAAAUUAUGGAAUUAUACCAAGCGGAGGAUAACUACAUCAUACAGGAUAAGGAUUCCAGCUUGUGGUGCAGUCGAGUGGAUGGAAAGUUGAUCCCACAACCAGGGUCAGCUCUUGGUAAUGCAUGGAACCCUGUCUGUCUGGGUAAAGUGUUUGGAGUGAUUGGAAAACUUCGCAUACAUCCAGAGUCGGAAUGGAGACUACUUCUCAUCCGUAGCCAUCGUCUAGUUGGCCAGCUCCCUAAGGGGCAUGAUGUCUACUGCAUUACCCGCAUAGCAGUCUUACCGCUCUCUCAAAAUGGACACCCGGAUAUUGACAUUGAGAGAUGCGACAAGCACCACUUUGGUAUCCGUCAGAAGGCUAACUUGAUACUAGGUCCGGCCGAGGGCCAACAAAAAGCGUUGGCUAAGACAUGGAAUAGCAUCAAGUCAGUAGCACAAGUCAAGAAGAAAGAAGUAAAAGAGCGGGAGAAACUUGAGAGGCGUAUUCUGGAAGAGCUGAAUCGCAUGUUUACAGAGUCUGACUGGUUUUACUACAGCCCUACCGGUGACCUGACGAACUCCAUCCAACGGCAGCACACUCAUAAAGAUGCCGGCUAUGACGACAGGUUCUUCUGGAAUCAACACAUGCUACAGGACAUCCUGGAUGCUCAGAACAAAGAGCUAGCCAAGCCGUGGAUCAUCCCUAUCGUUCAGGGGUGUGUUCAGAUUCGUGAAUGUCGCAUGACGUUUGCACCAGAGGAAGGAGCUCAGAGCGGAGGCAGCGGUGCAGACAGCGAUGACUCGGACAUCAGAUUCAAUCUCAUGCUUAUCUCGAGGAGAAGCAAGUUCAGAGCAGGAACAAGAUACAGGAGAAGAGGGAUUGAUGAAAGUGGGGCCUGUGCAAACUAUGUGGAGACGGAGCAGAUCCUGCAGACCGCUGAACACUCGGUAUCCUUCGUCCAAGUCCGAGGGUCAGUACCAGUCUUCUGGAGCCAACCGGGAAUCAAGUACAAACCCCCACCAAGGAUCGAUAGAGAUGAUGAUGAGACCCAGGAGGCUUUCAAGACUCAUUUUGAAGAGGACCUGAAGCGAUACCGGCAUGUAGCCAUAAUCAGUCUAAUCGAACAGGCUGGCAGAGAAGCUAUUGUAGGAUCAGCCUUCAUGAAGCAUGUUCUGCUGUACGACAGUCCUAAGCUGACCUACAUCACGUUUGACUUCCAUGAAUACUGUCGAGGUCUUCGGUUUGACAGAGUGUCUGUUCUUCUGGAGAGCAUCCGUGAUGUCAUCAAAGAAAUGAGAUAUUGCUGGGCUGAUGCAGAAGGUGUGAUCCUGGAGCAGAGAGGGGUGUUCAGGGUGAACUGUAUGGACUGUCUGGACAGGACCAAUGUGGUUCAGACAGCUCUAGCAAGAGCUGUACUCAGAACACAGCUUCGCAAGUUGGGUCUGCUGCUACCCGAGCAAAGGCUAGUCCCCAGCAUUCGGACCAUCUACCAAGAUAUGUGGGCCAACAACGGGGACAUCGUCAGCCGGCAGUACGCUGGGACGGCUGCUCUGAAGGGAGACUACACCAGGACAGGAGAGAGGAAACUAACAGGGCUUAUGAAGGAUGGGUAUAACUCCGCUAAUAGAUAUGUGCAGAACCAGUUCAAGGAUGCAUUCAGACAAGUGGCAAUAGAUUUGAUGUUAGGGAACCAGGAGAUCCAGGAGGAUCUGUCAUUGAUCGAUGAGCAGAAGGCAUCGGCUGAGAUGGGUAAGGACGUAUGGGACGGUGUGGAUGAAGAGGAUAUCAAACAAAGGAUUCAACAAUGUUCUAGAUUACUACUACCAAAGAAUGAAGCCAAGAUGAAUCUUGGAGGAUGGGCUCUUAUCGAUUGUGACUCAGGAGAUCUUGAUGACAGUGGUGAGGAUGAUAGGGACAUCAUUCUUAUCAUAUCAGAGAAAGCUUACUAUAUUGCAAGCUAUGAUGAUGAAGCUGAAAAGAUCACCCAGUAUGAAAGAAUACCGAUAGAUGCAAUGACUGCUGUGGGCAUAGGAUCAGCAACUACGUUCUUCUCCCAUGCCAAACAGCGCUGCGUGCGCAUCUACCAUUCAGUACAGGGUGAUGAUGGCUACUUCAGCACUCUCAAAGCACUACCUAGUCAAUCAAAAGAAUCGGCUGAAGAUAUUCUUCAUUCUGUGGUUGAAGCCCUUGCAAAAGCCAGAGCAGCAAAUAAUCUCGGUCUGAAGGUUGUUGAAGACAAGAUGGAAAAGAAAAAAAGCAAGGUCUCUGGAGAAGUAAUUCGUCUCACAUCCCAGAAACGUUUCACCAUGUGGCUACAGGACAAGUUUGUUCCGGAGUCGGUCCUUGCCAAGCGUAACCGUGGCAACCAGAGUGGUCAAGAGAGUCCUUCUGAUCAACCAAGCAAUCGUCAGCUUAUCAAGCCCAUCAGAGCACAGGUUAUGAGCAGAUACUUCCAGUCCAUGGGUGACAAGGUCUCCAACUUGAACCCUUUGAAGAAGGUGCGGUUACGGAAGCGACCUUCCAACCCGCAGGCGGAAUCCAUCGGAAUGGAGAAUCGUGCUUUCGCAGAGGGAGAGGAGAGUCAGGAUGAGCUGGAUGGCAUCAACGACAGUGACGAUGAGAUCCUACUUGAUUCAUCGUCAAGCGAUGACACCUCGUUAGAUGGUCUGAGCCUGGGAGCCUGUCUAGAAAUCCUUGGAGGAAACGCCGAAGUUGAUGCAGAAAAUGAUACCAAUAAUCAAAGCAUGAUAUCUCAUGACGGGGAGAUUGUCCUGACGACAUGCGGUGUGCUUGCUGUUGAUCAGGACCGCAAUGUGAGAAGUCUAAGCCUACGUAGGCUUACACCUCGAAAGAACCACCACCGUGAUGCUGCCGAUAACGCUAUCAUUGCUAAUGCUAAUGCUAAUGAAGAGAGGGUGAGGAGGGGUAGGCUCAUGUCAGAUGGUGAAGAUCAUAGUAGGAAGUACAGCACCCUUGGACGGGAAAGAACUCUUGCCACCGUUGACGCUACAGACGAACCUGAUGGUUCUAAUAAAGUCCUUGUGGAUAACGCAGACUCACAGAACCAGGUUGAUGAAUUGAACGCAAAUAUAACCAGAGAUUCAAAUCCUGCAAACGAUGCCCAGACAACUCAGCUGUCUCCUCAGAAGCGACUUGCGAAUCCAGUCGUUCGAUUGCCAUCCUUGGAUGACAAUUUUGGUCCUUUGGAGUUGACCGUCAACCCACUUCCGGAGAACUUCCAUGAUCACCUCCUUGCUGAAAACAUGCGGAUGAAGUACCGUGCUCACAGCGAGAACUCCUUGCAGGAUUGCUUCAUGAGCACCACGUCAACGGAGAAGACUGAAACCGACAGUAUCGGAAGGGAAGGCGCUCAGGCAACCAUCAGCAAGAUAGCUCUCAGGUUCCGUACCUUGGGGUCAAUGAACUUUACACGGUCUGGGAACCUUCGGGCUGAGCAGCAGAAAGAACAGAUGCAGAUGGAGAUGAAGAUGAGGAGGGAGUGUAAAACAAGAUUUAUACAGCUUUGAUUAUCAACCAACAUUAGGAACCUACAUUCAUCUCUUUGGAACUAGGAAAUCUUUUUGGCACCCCCCCCUUAAUUGAUAUUGUGUUGGUGUAGCUCAUCAUGUUGGUUGACGUUUAGUCUCUCCAUCCAUAUCUUACACCUUAUUACAUGUGGUAAUUCUGCUAGAAUGGAAGAGUAUGCCGAUUGAUAACUUUGCAAUGUUCAGAGCUAAGAUCAUGAUUGAGUCACGGGACACCUGGUGUGUCAUAACAGUAUUGAUAAGUUAUGAAUGACUUUAAGCAUGACUGGUGACGUGGAUGUUGUUUCACGCAAGUUGUCAGCACUGACUUAACACGUAAUUGUCAGCUCUGAUAAUUUCAGUGAUCCUUGGAAGUUCACCUCCCAAUGUGUUAAAUCAAUUAUUAAAAACUUGGGGCAUCAUGUUUCACACAAAACAGAUCACCAGUCGUGCAUUCAGUCAUGCAUAACUUACAAACACCAACCUACAAUUUUUAUUUACAUGGGAGUGGUUGAAAAACUUUUCUGCAAUUUGCUUUCAGAGUAUUUAUUCAUCAUUGGUAAUCGCUGAGCACUUGUGUGUAAAUCAAAUGUUACCAGCUGCAUAUUAUUUGUGUACUGCCAGCUGAAUCCGUUUUGAGGGGAAAAUGUAAGAAUUGUUCUUUGGAUCUUUCCUUCAAACUCUACUUUCUCAGGCUUAUUAUUGAUGCUCAUCAUUUUUCUAUGGAUAUCAUUUAAUGACGCCAGCUGUAUUUUGUAUAUCUUCAUGAAUGUUACAGCCCCAGAGUGAUGUUAUAAAUGAGUAGUAUGUGUUAUUAUACAUGCACUAGGCAUAAGAGCCCUGUUUGCGAGUAAUAUUGAAGAAAUGCCCAAGUUCAAUGACAUAGUUCCCUUGAACGUUCCUUCCAAUAGCCCAUUUCAAUUCCUUCCUUAAAGUAAUUUGACAGUUACAAGUAAUAAUACAUUUAUGAAACCGGGACACAUUAUAACAAGCAAAUCCUGGGGAGCGUUCAUGAAAGUCCCAUUUUAUCCGACAGUUACCAUAGUAACAGUGCUUCUCAGCCAAUCAAAAUACAGAAAAGUUGUCAGAUCUGACAACUUGUCUGACAAAAAUGUUGAUGAAACGCCCCCCGGGGCUCAGUGAUAGCAGUGUUGUGAUCUAAUACUAUACUGGCCACUCAAAUUUGCUGUUGCAUGCACAUUUUUUCAUCUUACACACUACAAAUUGGAAAUUGAUUGAAAAUAUUGGUGCUCCAAGGGGCUGUUUAACUUCAUAAUUAUCUUGCGUGACUUCAUCAUUUCAUUAAUGAGUAUGUAUGUGAUAAGAAAGUGUUGUAUUCAUAAUUUAUUGAAUUGCAUCUGUGCUAACCUGAUUUUAUGCUUGUUGCACAAAACUCACACAAUUACCGCACAAUUACAUGCACAUUGAGACGAAACUGAAGUUGGAGCUUUGUCCGUCAUUUGGCAAAGUAGAAACCUCAGAUGAAGCUGUAUUUGUCAGAUUAUUGUUGUUUUAUAAAUCAUCAUUAUUCUUAAAUUUCACCUUUGUUUUCUCCAUCCCCUUGUUUCCUUCUACACUUCUUUUCUUUUUUCUCCUUGAAAAGUAUCUUGUCAAAAUAAUACUUCUACUUACAUUUGAAAAUUGAACUGAAUUCUCAUAAACUGAAUUGCCAACAAGUGUCUCAUUUCGAGAUAUUCUUAUUUGUUCCCAAUGCACAAAGAUUUGAAAAUUCAAGACUUGGACAUGGCUGUAUAAUACUUUUAUUAGUGGAAUAUUGCUUUAAGUUGUGCUCUUAGUCAAUAUUUUUUUUACUCAAAUGUGUUAUUGCAAUGUAGUAAAUGCACAAAUAAGUCUGGUUGUUUCUUAAUUCUUUUUUUUCUUCAGUAUUUCUUUCCGGCUUAUGUGUAUCAGAAAAUCAGUUUCAUAUCAUCUAAUGCUCUUGAUAUGUAGUUUAAUGGCACUGUUGCUUUAGGUCAGGGUCUACUCUCACAAAGAUAUGUCAUUGAUCUGAUCAAUCA